CGUCUCUCGCCAGCCUCCCGGAAGUCCUGUUCCUGCCUCUUCCGGCUUCCUGCGCCCCCAGCUCUUGGGUCUGUCUCUCGACCGUGGCAGGAAGGGGCUUGCUCGCCUGUCAGCCCGCCAGCCUAGGGUAGCUGUCAGCAGCCCCUCGCAGCUGGUGCAGGCUCCGCCAGGUGGCCCCACCAGAGCCUUCUGGAACCUGGGCUCUGGUGGCGCUGGGCGGUCUGCACAGGUUGUUGAUUUGGGCCUGCCUUCCUGGGGCCAGGGCAAGGUCUGCAGCCAGACCUAGUGUGUCCAUUUGCUGGCCAUGUGGCCUUGGACCAGGAGGACCCUGACCUCUUCCCACAAUCACUGGGCUGGUGAGAACCAACCUAGGCACAGAAUCCAGUGACAAGGCACCAUGGCCUUUGUCCUUGGGGUUGGCAGGCUGGUCAGGGAGCCAGUGGUGAACAAAUAUUUAGUCAGGAAUGUUGGUAAAUUCUGAAAGAACAAAUACUGGUGGGUAGGGGUGGGAGGAUGCCUGCUUGUUGGUAGGAGCAGGCAUCUGAGGCCCAACCGGCUGUUUAUCAGGAGGGGGCUCACCAGGCGCUCCAGGGGCAGGAAGGUCCCAGCCAGCUCUCACACCCCUAAAAUGGGACUUCCAGUCUUGAGCCAGCCUGGUCUUACCUGCUUGGGGUCUCUGGGCUGGUCUAUGCCACUCCCACUCCCAGCCCCACUCCAGGCCCCCAGGCCUGCUCACAGGAGCAUCUCAGCAGGUGGCUCCAGGUGGGAGACCGAGGCUUGCAUCCAGGAAGUGUCAUUUGAGCAGAGACCCGACUGCCGCGAGGGGGCAACCAGGAUUACAUAUGCCCAAGAUGUGAGUCUGGCUUCAUUGAGGAGCUCCCAGAGGCAUCCAGCCGGACGAUCCCACCGCCGGCACUGUGCCCUUGCAGGAGCACAGAGAACGGCUCCGCCCCCUCCACGGCCCCCGCGGACCAGAGCCGGCAGCCCUUCGAGAAUGUGGACCAGCACCUGUUCACACUGCCGCAGGGCUAUGGGCAGUUUGCUUUCGGCAUCUUUGACGACAGCUUCGAGAUCCCCACGUUCCCCACCGGGGCGCAGGCCGAAGAGGGCAGGGACCCCGAGAGCCGGCGGGACCGGGAGCAGCACCCCCGGCACCGGUACGGCGCCCGGCAGCCGCGCGCUCGCCUCUCUGCGCGGAGGGCCGCUGGCCGGCACGAAGGCGUCCCCACGCUCGAAGGGAUCAUCCAGCAGCUGGUCAACGGCAUCAUCACUCCUGCCGCCGUCCCCAGCCUGGGCCUGGGCCCCUGGGGCGUCUUGCACUCAAACCCGAUGGACUAUGCCUGGGGGGCCAACGGCCUGGACGCCAUCAUCACGCAGGCAGAGUGUUGCUGCUCUCUCGGCCUUGCUGCUGAUGAACCGCUUGAGCGUUUUGUCGCUGGCGGGACUGGCCCUGCAGCUCCAGCUGCUUCUCAAUCAGUUUGAAAACACGGGCCCCCCGCCUGCAGACAAGGAGAAAAUCCAGGCCCUCCCCACCAUCCCUGUCACCAAGGAGCACGUGGGCUCUGGGCUUGAGUGCCCUGUGUGCAAGGACGACUAUGCACUGGGCGAGCAUGUGCGGCAGCUGCCCUGCAACCACCUCUUCCACGACGGCUGCAUCGUGCCCUGGCUGGAGCAGCACGACAGCUGCCCUGUCUGCCGAAAAAGCCUCACAGGACAGAACACGGCCACCAACCCCCCGGGCCUGAGUGGGGUGACCUUCUCCUCGUCCUCAUCCUCAUCCUCGUCCAGCUCGCCCAGCAACGAAAACCCAGCAAACAGCUCCUGAGUCCCCUGCCAGACCCUAGAGUAAACCCAGGACCCCACCCACCUCAGCCCUCACACGGCUGCGGUGCCCAUGGACUGCAGUCCGGCCGCGGGCAGAGGUCCAGCCGACCUGCUGCCUGCAGGCUGCAGGGGAAGCUUGGCCUCCCCAGGGACGCCCUGCGCUAGGGACCGGGCACAGCAGGGCACAGAGGCACAUGGCCCUGGGGCGUCCACAGCUCCUGUCCUGUUUGUGUCUAACUUCACCCCCUAUGUGUUCAACAGUGGAAAGGUUUUUAUAAUUUUAAAUUAUUACCGCUUUGAAAUAAAUGGACAUUUUAGCUUACACGGGGCCCUGCAUGAUCUCUGGAAAGACCGGGUCUUGGCGCCACCCUGACAGGCCACCGUCCCCACCUUGAGCGCAGGAGUUCGGGGCCGCAAGAUGACCAGCAAAACAAGAACAAACUGCUCCGACAGAUGUUUUUUAAAGGAAAAAAUAUGUGUAUCUUGAAAGCUAUUUAAAAAUAUACCUACUUAGAGAA